CAAACCGGAGAAGAUGGCCUCUUCAGAUUUCAGUGCACAAGUAAAGCAGGUUGCCCAUGCUAUGGGCACUAGUCUAACAGACCACGAUAUUUCCCUCAUGCCCAGCGAACUGAGGCUCAAAGGUCCAUUUAAUUACCACCUAUUCUUCGACUACAUGGAAGCCUCCAAGAAAUCAGGGCAGCUUGAUGAGACAAUUCGGAAAGCGUUUGAAACGCUGGAUAAGGACAAAAGUGGUUACAUCGAAUGGAACGAAUUAAAAUACAUCCUCUCGACAAUUCCGACCAAUGUUCCCAUCGUUCCUCUGUCAGAUGAAGAAGCUGAUGCCAUGCUCCAGGCAGCAGACAUAGAUGGAGACGGGAGAAUUAACUACAAAGAAUUCGAAGCAAUGGUUAAAGAAGAUAAGAUGCCCAGGAAAAAGUAG